CACCAUCUCUUCUUCAGCUUUCUUCAUUUUCACAUCUCUCUCUCUCUGUUAACUCCGUUUAAAUUUUCCGUCUGAAUUUUACAAAGGAAGACUAAUGUCAGGUUUUGACGGCGUUGAAAAUCAAAUGGACGGUCCAGAUUCAUCUCCUCGUCUCUCUCAAGAUCCUCGUGAGACUCGCUCAUUAUCAUCUUCUUGUUUCCCAAUCACCCUCAAGUUCGUCGAUGUGUGUUACCGAGUCAAGAUCCAUGGCAUGAGUAGCGAUUCUUGUAAUUUCAAGAAAUUGUUAGGACUAAAACACCAACCGUCCGAUGAGACAAGAUCAACGGAGGAGAGGACGAUACUAAGCGGUGUCACCGGAAUGAUAUCUCCCGGCGAGUUUAUGGCCGUUCUUGGACCAUCUGGAAGUGGUAAAUCAACGCUACUUAACGCAGUCGCAGGGAGACUCCAUGGAUCAAACCUCACCGGAAAAAUACUCAUAAACGAUGGUAAAAUAACGAAACAAACAUUAAAACGCACCGGAUUUGUAGCACAAGACGAUCUUCUUUACCCUCACUUAACCGUACGUGAAACCUUAGUUUUCGUCGCCUUGCUUCGUCUUCCUCAAAGCCUAAACAGAGACGAGAAAAUCAGAGCCGCUGAAUCGGUUAUAUCGGAGCUUGGUUUAACGAAAUGUGAGAACACAGUCGUUGGAAACACUUUCAUUAGAGGGAUCUCUGGUGGUGAGAGGAAACGAGUGAGUAUUGCUCAUGAAUUGCUUAUAAACCCGAGUCUUUUGGUUCUUGAUGAGCCUACUUCGGGUCUUGAUGCUACGGCGGCGCUCCGGUUGGUUCAGACUCUUGCCGGAUUGGCUCAUGGGAAAGGAAAGACGGUGGUUACGUCGAUUCAUCAACCAUCGAGUCGUGUGUUUCAGAUGUUUGAUACUGUGCUUCUUUUGAGUGAAGGAAAGUGUUUGUUCGUCGGGAAAGGAAGAGACGCCAUGGCUUACUUUGAAUCCGUCGGAUUCUCGCCGGCGUUUCCUAUGAAUCCGGCUGAUUUUCUUCUUGAUCUUGCUAACGGAGUUUGUCAGACCGACGGUGUAACCGAACGCGAAAAGCCAAACGUGAGACAAACGCUGGUCACGGCUUAUGAUAUAUUGCUAGCCCCACAAGUGAGAACUUGUAUCGAAGCGUCACAUUUUCCUCAAGAAAACGCGCGUUUUGUGAAAACGCGAGUAAACGGCGGUGGAAUAACAACAUGUAUUACAACAUGGUUUAGCCAACUCUGCAUUCUCCUCCACAGACUUUUAAAAGAACGACGUCACGAAUCCUUUGACGCACUUCGCGUUUUCCAAGUCGUUGCGGCUUCGGUUCUUUGUGGUCUCAUGUGGUGGCACUCUGAUUAUCGAGACGUACAUGACCGACUAGGCCUACUCUUCUUCAUAUCAAUCUUCUGGGGAGUACUUCCAUCAUUUAACGCGGUCUUCACGUUUCCGCAAGAACGUGCAAUUUUCACUCGAGAGCGUGCGUCCGGUAUGUACACACUCUCUUCUUACUUCAUGGCCCAUGUGCUCGGAUCCCUCUCCAUGGAGCUCGUUCUUCCGGCAGCAUUCUUGACGUUAACUUAUUGGAUGGUCGAUCUACGCCCCGGGCUAGUCCCAUUCCUCCUUACCCUCUCCGUGCUCUUACUAUAUGUUUUAGCGUCACAAGGACUUGGACUUGCCCUUGGUGCAGCGAUCAUGGACGCUAAAAAGGCGUCUACAAUCGUAACCGUGACAAUGCUAGCGUUUGUCUUAACCGGUGGUUACUAUGUCAACAAAGUGCCAUCCGGAAUGGUGUGGUUGAAAUACGUUUCCACAACGUUUUAUUGUUACCGUCUUUUAGUGGCGGUCCAAUAUGGGAGUGGGGAAGAGAUAUUGCGAAUGCUUGGAUGUGAUUCGAAGGGUAAGCAAGGAGCGGGUACGGCGGCAUCGGCUGGAUGCCGGUUUGUGGAAGAGGAAGUGAUCGGAGAUAUUGAUUCUAUAAAAAGAGAAAUGCAAACAUUUGCUCGUGGAACAAGAGUCUACCUGAACCACCACAUCAUCAUCAUCGUCGUCUCCUUCUUCUUAUUCUCAUCGAUCGUCAUGGCUGAAUCUACCGGAGAAGCAACUGUAUCGUCUGAAGCAAAGGUUCACAUCAUCUACACCGAGAAACCCACCGAUGAAGAACCUAAAACCUAUCAUCUCCGUACUCUUUCCUCUGCUCUCGGCAGUGAGGAAGCUGCAAAAGAUGCUUUGAUUUACAGUUACAAGGAAGCUGCUUCUGGUUUUUCAGCUAAGCUCACACCUGAACAAGUCGCUGAGAUAUCAAAACAACCAGGUGUGAUUCAAGUUGUGCCAAGCCAGACUUAUCAGCUGCACAAACCUGGUGGUGGUGGUGGCUUUAAGUUGACCUAAUUUGACUUUGUGUAUUCUCAACUUCUGAACUAAAACCUGUUGUUUUACAGAAACUAGUCUGUUGUUGUAAUGUUGUGACUUUGAAGUAUCUAACUAAAAUAAUGUCAUGAAG